AUGCUUUUCUUCAGUUUUUUCAAGACACUUGUCGACCAUGAGGUUACAAUUGAGCUCAAAAACGACCUUUUAAUCCGCGGAACUCUCAAGUCUGUGGAUCAGUUUUUGAACAUCAAGCUAGACGAGAUCCACGUUGUUGAUGAAGCUCGGUAUCCCCAUUUGUCAGCGGUAAAAAGUGUUUUCAUCAGAGGUAGUGUAGUGAGAUAUGUGCACCUACCAGCAAACGCGGUGGAUACGGCAUUGCUGGAGGAUGCGACAAGAAGAGAAGCAAGCAAUGCGGCGGCGGCAAGGACACGGACCUUAAUAUCACUACAGAUUUGA